AAAACUAACCUCACCUUCAAUUAUCACCUUCUUUAUCAUAACCCUUUUCACACAUUUUUCUUCUGUCCCCCAUUUCUCUUUCGCCAACAACCUCUCAUUCGCCGGUUUCCCCCAUUUGUUUCAUUUUGUCUUAUCUCGUUUCAGAAAUUCAAUUAGUCCCUCCGGAGCAGAUCUGUCUCAGAUCUAGGGUUUUCUUGCCCCAAAUCAGGACUCGCUUGAGUUUCAAUUGUGUUAUGAGAGUAUAGGCCUUCUGCAAAACACACCAAUGUUUUCCGAAUUUUUAUGACACACGCUAUGCGUCGAAUUCGUCUGCUGCACUCGUUCUCCGUUGUGUUUCUGUACUGGUUCUAUGUUUUCUCAUGAACUCUCUCUCAAAUCCGUGAUUAAUUAGAUCCGUCUCCGUUGUUAAUUACUGUUCUAUUAUUCCAACAAUUAAUUAGAUCUGUAAUUCCUAUUUCCGUCAGCUUUCAUUUUUAUUUUUUUUUAAUUUUGUUCUGUCAUCAAAUCAAAUCCCAUCUCCUUGUCGGAAAUGGCAUCGAUUCAACGUUCGGCGACGAGCUCUGGAUCUGAAGCAGGAGAUCCGCAAAUCGACGAGAGAAAGCGGAAGAGGAUGCUGUCGAACCGCGAAUCCGCGCGGCGAUCGCGGAUGAGGAAGCAGAAACAGCUGGAGGAUUUGACCGAUGAGGUUAGCAAAUUGCAAGGCGCGAACAAGAAGCUUGUCGAGAACAUAAAGACCAAGGAAGAAGCGUGCGCUGAGACCGAAGCCGCAAACAGCAUUCUGAGGGCUCAGACCCUGGAACUGACCGAACGAUUGCGCUUCUUGAACUCUAUCCUUGAAAUCGCUGAAGAGGUCGGAGGUCUAUCCGUUGAGAUUCCCGAUAUUCCAGAUCCUCUCCUCAAGCCGUGGCAAAUUCCUCAUCCGACGCAACCGAUUAUGGCCACGGCAAAUAUGUUUCUGCGUUGAUCCAUUUCAUCCCCGUGGAUUUUAUGUUUAUUAGUUUAAUUGAUUAAUUAGGGUUAUUAGCGUCGUAAUAUUUGUCAUGUGCAUUAUUAGUGCCUGUAUUAGUGUUAUGUGAUGUUAUGUGUUGUGUCGUUUUGCGUCAAAAUCGUGUGGUCCAGUAUGCAUUGGAUUCCUGAGAUGAACGUGAGGUACAGGGUGUGUAGAUGGUUAGCAGCGGCAGUGUCCCUUGUCCCUUUGCGCGACUUGUAAUCAUUUUUAAUGGUGGCUGUUUUAUUUCAUGAUUAAAAUGUUAUCGCUUUAUCCUCAGCAUUAGCGGAAA